AUGAGGAAUCAGCUUUUGCCUGGCCAACCGGAGGGGGAAAUUGCCAACCAGAGAGAUCCCCCUAAUCUGCUCAGAAGACUAAUCAGAAAGGCGGUCAGCAUGGCGACUUCUGUUGUGUCAAGCAUUUCGCGCCCCCCUCAAACAUGGGGGAACCCUGAGGGACAGGUGCCACCGGCGUUGGCAGGGAUUGAGAGGUUUCUGGUGGCCGCAGAAGAGAUUGAGUCUGCCCGUCCUCGGGUGGCAUACCUUUGCCGCUUCCACGCCUUUGAAGCUGCACAUGAGCUGGACAGGACUUCAAGUGGGAGAGGAGUCAGGCAGUUCAAGACUGCCCUCUUAGAGAGGCUCGAGGUGGAAAAUGGCCCGUCGCUUAAGGCCCGCGUGCGAAGCACAGACCUUCGAGAGAUCCAGAGCUUUUACAAGGAAUGCUAUGACAGCUAUCUCAAAGCCCUGGACGAUGAAUAUGCCGAUAGGGCAGCUUUGGCACAGGCAUACCAUACUACAAGUGUCCUCUUCGAGGUGCUGUGUGCGUUGGACAGGAAGGCUAAGCCAGAGGAGAGGGUGGCUCCUGAAGACCUCGAGGCUGGCCAGAAGUUGCAAGAAAAGGCUGCCGAAAUCAUCCCGUACAACAUCCUGCCCCUGGAUGCAGCAGGGGCGUCCCUUGCUCUCAUGCAACUGCCUGAGAUACGGGUUGCAGUGGAUGCCCUGAAGCAGAUUGGCGGUUUGCCUGCACCUUCUGGUGCCCGCCGUGCCAACCGCCAGGCACCAGAUUGGGACAUCCUCGACUGGCUCGAGUUGACCUUCGGCUUUCAGAAAGACAAUGUUCGAAACCAGCGCGAGCACCUGAUUCUUUUGUUGGCCAAUACGCAUGCGAGACUGCGGAAACCUCCUCCAGAUCCAAGUGGGCCUCUGGAUGGACGCGCAAUCAAAGAGGUCAUGAACAAGGUGUCCAAGAACUACAAGCAGUGGUGCAAGUUCCUCCACCGGAAGAAGAACCUGACCUUGCCCAACGCCCCUGAAGAGGUCCCCCAGAGGCAGAUUCUCUACACUGCCCUGUUCCUUCUCAUCUGGGGAGAGGCUGGCAACCUCCGUUUCAUGCCCGAGUGCCUCGCCUACAUCUUCCACAAUAUGGCCUGGGAAGUCAUUGGGAUGCUGGGAGGCAACGUCAGCCUUGCUACAGGCCAGAAUGUGCGGCCAGAGUAUCCUGGUCCAGGCUUUGGGGGCAGCGACAAGGCCUUCUUGAUGAACGUGGUGAUCCCGAUCUACGAGGUUAUCCGAAAGGAGUCCGAGAACAACGGCGGUGGCAAAGCGCCUCACGAGAAUUGGCGCAACUACGAUGACAUCAACGAGUUCUUCUGGAAGGAGAGGUGCUUCACCCUCGGCUGGCCCCUCAAGCUGGACUCCAACUUCUUCGUCGCUCCGGAGCCGCUCAAGGGCCGCGGCGCCGCGGUCAAGCAGGUGGUGCCCAAGGGGAAGCAGAGGGAGCGCAAGGCGUUCUUCGUGGAGUACCGCUCCUUCUGGCACCUCUGGCGCAGCUGGGACCGGAUGUGGACCUUCUUCAUCCUGCUCUUGCAGGCUCUGAUCAUCAUCGCCUACAGCCCGAAGUGGUACAGCUUCUUCACGGACAUGGACGAGUUCAAGAAGAUCAUCAGCGUCUUCAUCACGGCUUCCAUCCUCCGCCUCCUCCAAGCUGUUCUGGAUGUCUGGUUCAGCCUGGGGCUUUACAGGACGAUGAAGGGCUCGACUAUGAUUCGCCUCCUCAGCAAGCUGGUGGUGGCUUUGGUCUGGUUCAUCCUGUUCGUCGUCCUUUACGUGCACAUGUGGGAUAAUCCAGGCGGCUUUGCCAAGGAUCUGAAGGGCCUGCUCCUCCAGGAUUUCAACAGCCGGGCCCUGUACAUUUCCGUGUGUGCCAUCUACCUGCUGCCGAACGCCCUCGCUCUGAUUCUCUUCUGCUUCCCCCUCAUCAAGCGCCAGCUGGAGAUGUCCAACUGGAAGAUCGUCCGUCUCAGUCUCUGGUGGUCGCAGACGAGCCUCUACGUGGGCCGAGGCAUGCACGAGAGCACCUGGUCUCUCGCGAAGUACAGCCUCUUCUGGGUCGCGCUACUCACCUGCAAGACGCUCUUCAGCUACAACCUACAGAUCAAGCCGUUGGUAACGCCUACGCGGGCCAUCGCGAGCAACACAAAGCUGUACUACCAGUGGGCGGAAAUCUGUCCAGGAUGCAAUCAUAACGCUGGGGCCAUUGUGGCCAUCUGGGCGCCUGUGAUCAUAGUCUACUUCCUAGACACGCAGAUCUGGUACGCCAUCUUCUCGACCAUUGUGGGCGGGACAUACGGCGCCUUCCAGCGGCUAGGAGAGAUCCGUACGCUGGGCAUGCUGCGGUCCCGCUUCCGCUCCCUGCCCGGGGCGUUUAACGACAACCUCAUCCCUGCCCCAGUCGCGGCGCCCCGGAGGUUCGCUUUGGCGAGGUCGUUCAGAAAGAUCGACACCAAGGAGCAGGCGACCAAGUUUGCACAGCUCUGGAACGAGGUGAUCACGAGCUUCCGCGAGGAGGACCUGAUCAGCAACAGGGAAUUCGACCUGAUGCUUGUCCCGUACUCGGCCAUCGAGCUCGGCUCCGAGGUGGUUCAGUGGCCACCUUUCCUCCUCGCAUCGAAGAUCUACAAGGCCGUGAAGACCGCUGCAGAGCACAGCGGCAGCGAUGCGGAGCUGUGGCGCAAGAUCAAAGCGGACGAGUACAUGCGCUGCGCGGUGGAGGAGUGCUAUGCGAGCCUGAAGUUCCUCUUCGACGACCUCAUCGUGGGCUCCCAGGAGAAGUGGGUCAUUGCGGCUCUCUUCGAGGAGGCAGAGCGCACCAUGAUGCAGGGCUUUGUCUCGACCUUCCGGCUGGAGAAGCUGCCCAAGUUCCACGAGAAAGUGGUCGAGCUGGUCGAGCUGCUGAUGAAAGCAGACCCCGCGCUGCGCAGCAAGGUCAUCCGAGUGCUGCAGGACAUGUUCGAGGUGGUCACGCGCGAUAUGCUGUCUGAUCAAGCCAGAGAGGCACUGGAGAUCAGUGGUGCGUUGUCCAAGAGCAAGACCUCCCAGCUGUUUGCCACCCUCCAUCCGGAGCCCGCGGUCGCCUACCCGCCACAGCUCACCCCAGUGUUCGAGGAACAGAUCAAGCGCUUCCACCUGCUCCUCACCAUCAAGGACGCCGCCCAGGAGGUGCCUGCGAAUCUUGAGGCGCGGCGCCGCAUCUCUUUCUUCACCAACUCGCUCUUCAUGAACAUGCCGCGGGCGCCGCAGGUCAAGCACAUGGUCUCCUUCAGCGUCAUGACGCCCUAUUACAGCGAGAUCGUGACCUACUCGAAGAAGGAGCUGUACGAGGAGAACGAGGACGGCAUCUCGACGCUCUUCUACCUCCAGAAGAUCUACCCCGACGAGUGGGCCAACUUCUUGGAGCGGAUCGAGUGCAAGAACGAGGAGGAGGCGCUCGCCAAGGACGACGGGAAGGAGAUCCGGCUGUGGGCCUCGUACAAGGGGCAGACGCUGGCGCGCACAGUUCGCGGUAUGAUGUACUACCGGCGCGCGCUGGCGCUCCAGGCCUUCUUCGACGUGGCGACCCCGCAGCAAAUCGAGGAGGGGUACCUGUCCGUCACAAAGGCGUCCGACGAGGACAAGAAGGUGCAGCGCUCCAUGUGGGCGCAGAUCAACGCAAUCGCCGACAUGAAGUUCACCUACGUGGCGGCCUGCCAGAUCUACGGCACGCAGAAGCGGAAGAACCAGAAGGAGGCUGUGGACAUCUUCGAGCUCAUGAAGAAGAACGAGGCCUUCCGCGUUGCGUACAUUGACGAGAAGGAGCUCGAGGAGAACGGCAAAACGCGGAAGGAGUACUACUCGGUCCUGGUGAAGGCUGACGCGAACGGGCUCGAGCAGGAGAUCUACCGCAUCAUGCUCCCUGGGCAGCCCAAGCUGGGCGAGGGCAAGCCCGAGAACCAGAACCACGCGAUCGUGUUCACGCGCGGCGAGGCCCUCCAGACCAUCGACAUGAACCAGGACCACUACCUGGAGGAGACGUUCAAGAUGCGCAACCUGCUGCAGGAGUUCCACGAGAACCACGGCAUCCGGCCCGCCACAAUCCUGGGGGUCAGGGAGCACAUCUUCACGGGCGGCGUGUCCUCCCUGGCUUGGUUCAUGUCGCAGCAGGAGAUGAGCUUCGUCACCAUCGGGCAGAGAGUGCUCGCCAACCCGCUCAAGGUGCGGUUCCACUACGGGCAUCCCGACGUCUUCGACCGCCUCUUCCACAUCACAAGGGGAGGCAUCAGCAAGUCUUCCAGGGUCAUCAACCUGAGCGAGGAUAUCUAUGCUGGCUUCAACUCGACCCUGCGCCGCGGCAACAUCACGCACCACGAGUACAUCCAGGUCGGGAAGGGGCGUGACGUGGGGCUCAACCAGGUGUCUUUGUUCGAGGCCAAGGUGGCCAACGGCAACGGCGAGCAGACGCUCAGUAGGGACAUCUACCGGCUGGGCCACAGGCUGGACUUCCUGCGGAUGAUGUCCGCGUGGUUCACGACCAUCGGCUUCUUCUUCAACACCAUGCUGGUGGUGCUGUGCCUGUACGCGUUCCUGUACGGCAAGUUCUACCUGGUCAUGAGCGGCAUCCAGUACUCGCUGGAAAAGGAGGCCGAAAUCACCAAGAACAACUCCCUGCUCGGGGCCAUCAACACCGUCUCGAUCGUCCAGAUUGGGCUGCUCAUGGGCCUGCCCAUGGUCAUGGAGAUGGGCCUGGAGCAGGGCUUCAGACAGGCCCUGUUGAACUUCAUCAUGAUGCAGCUGCAGCUUGCGUCCGUCUUCUUCACCUUCUCCCUGGGCACCAAGACGCACUAUUUCGGGCGCACCGUCCUGCACGGCGGUGCCAAGUACCGGGCCACUGGGCGCGGCUUCGUCGUGCGGCACGAGAAGUUCGCCGAGAACUACCGGCUCUACUCCAGGAGCCACUUCGUCAAAGCGUUGGAGAUGCUGCUGCUGCUGAUCGUGUGGAAGGCGUACGGCAGCUUCGAGCGGGGCGGCGCCUCCUACGGCUUGCUCACCUUCUCGCUCUACUUCCUCGUUGCCUCCUGGCUCUUUGCGCCCUUCGUCUUCAACCCCUCCGGCUUCGACUGGCAAAAGACGGUGGAGGACUACGAGGACUGGAUCAAGUGGCUGGGCCACAAGGGGCCAUGGAUACGCCUAGUAACAGUAUUAAACGACGAAUUCCUCUCUGACACGUGUCACCUGUACAGGACGGUGGAGGACCACGAGGACUAUGAUAGCAACUGGGCCACAAGGGCGGCAUCAGGACAAUUACAAGCACGACCACACCACUCCUUUGCUGACACGUGUCAUUAUUACAGGACGGUGGAGGACUACGAGGACUGGAUCAAGUGGCUGGGCCACAAGGGCGGCAUCGGCGUGAGCGCGAACGAGAGCUGGGAGUCGUGGUGGGCGGAGGAGCAGGAGCACCUGCAGUACACCGGCUUCUGGGGGAAGCUGUGGGAGGUCGCGCUCUCGCUGCGCUUCUUCCUCUUCCAGUACGGAGUUGUGUACCAGAUGAACGUCACGCACGGCAACAAGGCGGGCUGGGUGUACGCCGUCUCGUGGAUCGUGGUUGCCGCGGUCCUCAUCUUGCUCAAGAUUGUGUCCUUCGGGCGCAAGCGCUUCAGCGCCGACUUCCAGCUCAUGUUCCGCCUGGUCAAGGCGCUCGCGUUCAUUGCGGCCAUCGUGAUCAUCAGCCUCUGCCUCAUCUUCACGCGCCUCACGUUCCGCGACCUUUUCUCGUCGAUCCUCGCGUUCGUGCCCACGGGCUGGGGCCUCUUGUCGAUCUCCCUGGUCUUCAAGCCAGCCCUCAAGACGCUCGGGCUGUGGGACUCUGUGAAGCCUAUGGCCAGGACCUACGAGUACGGGAUGGGGAUCGUUAUUUUCGCCCCCGUCGCCGUUCUCGCCUGGCUGCCCUUCGUCUCCACCAUCCAGACCAGGCUGCUGUUCAACACGGCCUUCAGCCGUGGCCUGCAAAUCUCUCGUAUUCUCGCAGGCAGGAAGCGGUAG